CAGUCAAUAACGUGACCUUGGACAAGGAACUUCUUAUCAAGAUUCCCACUUCAUGUAAUUUUGACGCCCAACCAACUUAUUUUGAACUCCUUCCUUCUAUACACUUCAGUGUUGUAUGAAGAAUGAAAUUGUCCGUUCAACAUGACUGGAAGCUUGGCCCCUCUAGUUUGAUAGACGAAUCGACUUCACUGGUUUCGAAAAAUCCUCAGCCUCUGUCCACUAGACCUCCACUUUCCAAAAAAUGGAGCCAGUUUCUGAAACAUCAUUGGCUGGCUGUACUGAUCGGAGUCAUCUCUGAAAUUUUAAUUUUGUCUGGUGCUGUGCUGUUGACCUAUUAUCUAGCUAACAAUUCAACUUCUGUUACAGGUAACACGGCUAGUUCUGAUAUUGAUUCAAGUACUGCACUUUCCUUCACAGGAACCAGAUCAGCACCAGCAAACAUCAGUAGUUGCACUUUCGGCUUCACCUACAUUAAUGGUAAAUGUUGGCGACUAUUCACUGAUCCCCAAACACGAGAAAAUGCCGACUCCGCUUGUAUGAGCUACGGAGGUUCAACUCUUGUUUCAAUUAAAAAUGAACAGGAAAAUAAUGCAAUACUUAAUUUUGUGCCAAACAGUGCUGUUGAAAAUCUCUGGACUGGGUUGCAUUGCAAAGCGAAUACUACUUGUAAUUGGGAUCUGGAAAGUCGGUCUACGGAUACUAAUCUUGUCUAUACUAAUUUUGCAAGCGGACUUUCUAGCAAUGAAUGCGUUUAUUUCAUCACUGCUGGAUCAGAAGCUGGAAAAUGGAAAAGUGACUCAUGUAAUCAGACAAUGAGUUUCAUAUGUGAACUACCUUCAACAAUACAUGAUGAUAAUUGUGAUAACAUUUACAACAACCAUUGCUACCUACGCUACGAUUUGUCUUACACUGUUGCUGAAGCUCAAACGUUCUGCAAAACAAAGUGCGCCAACCUAGUUUCAAUCAAUUCGGCCAACGAAAAUCGUUAUGUACAAAGUAUUUACAAUGACACAAACGGAUAUAUUCAACUUGGUGCAAUGCUUCUUUCAUCCGACGACAUAUAUUGGCUGGACGGAUCACUACCGGUCUAUAAUAAUAUUAAACGAACUUUGAAUGGAAAUUGUCUGUUCAUGAGUGUUUCAAAACACCGUCGUGGUUUUUGGUACACUGUCGAAUGCACCCAAAGAUCAUGGUUUCUGUGUAAACGGCCGGCAGGAAUUGUGUGUUGAUUUGAAUGAAUUUUCGAGAAUAAAAUGUUGUAAUAAGAA